AUGGUUUUCGGUAGAAGAAAAAAGGGCGCUUCAUCUGCGGCCAAUGGACUCAUUUCCCACGAUCUGGUUUUCGUGGAAGAGUUUGACGCGCUGUCAAUUGAAGUGAAGCUGGGGACCGCGCUGGCCGCUCCCCACAAUGCGAGUCUGAAGUUUCCCGCUAAGCUGCACGCCCGCAAGGUCGCAAAGGAGCUGGGUAUCGCUGAGGGCCUUAUUUAUCUUCCCGGACUGCCGUCCCUGGUAUACGAGGACUCCGACAUGGGACCCGCGUUUCGACAGAGACGAUACUUCUACUAUCUCGGCGGCGUGGAUUACGAGGACUGUGCCGUGACCUAUGAUCUGGCUAGCGACAACCUAGUGCUUUGGGUGCCCUACAUCGAUCCGCGCCAGGUUCUGUGGUACGGCUCGGGCCCAAAAAUAGAAGAGUGCAAACAGGCUGUCGACAUUGACGACGUCCGCUAUGUGCAAGACCUGGAUGGCUUUCUGCGCAAGCGGCUGGGUGUUUCCGGCUCCGGUAUCGUCAGCGCAUCUGUUGGCAGUAGCUUCUGCUGCGACAGGAAGGGCCUUCGCGUUGCCAACGCCGACUCUGCGCGGCCAUCGCCAACAGUGCUGCUCGUUUUGCACCCAGAUCAGGUGCCGGCGUGGCUGCGGCAGGAUGUGAGCGGCUUCUCUUCUGUUCGUGUAGACACUCGGAAGCUGCAGCCGGCCAUGGAUUCCGCACGUGUGGUCAAGACCGCAUACGAGAUUGCUCAGAUCCGCCAAGCCAACGACGUGAGCUCGUCGGCCCAUCGCGAGGUGCUGCACCGGCUUAAGGGCCUUAGCAACGAGCGCGAGAUCGAGGCUGUCUUUCUCAAUCACUGUCUGGCCGUCUACGGCGCCAAGCACCAGUCCUAUGGUGUCAUCGCCGGCUCGGGUGCCAAUGCUAGCGUGCUGCACUACUUCACCAACGAUGAGCCGCUGGCGGGCCGCCAGCUCGUAUGCCUCGACGCCGGUGCCGAGUGGAAGCUGUAUGCAUCGGACGUUACCCGCACAUUCCCCAUCUCGGGCGUCUUCACUGCCGAGGCGGCCGCCAUAUACGCCGCUGUCGACCGCAUGCAGACCGAGGUCAUCGAGCAAUUCCAGCCGGGUGUCGCCUUCCGGGACCUGCACCUUCAUGCCGCUAGUGUGGCCGCAGAGGAGCUGCUACGCCUCGGAAUUCUCAAGAACGCAACUGUUCAGCAAAUCGUCGCUGCCGGCACCAUCGCUGCCUUCUUUCCCCACGGCCUCGGCCAUCACGUCGGCCUCGAGGUCCACGAUGUACUCUCGCCCGAACUUAUGGCGGCAGCACCCAAGGCAAGCGCCGCAGCUAGGGAGAGUCAGGAGAUGGAAGCUCGCGCUGCUGCUGCCGCCUCUUCAAUCCCGGCGCUGUCUUCAUUGUCCGGCCGUGGUACCAAUGCCCGCGGAAAGAGGCUACUUGUGACACCCCACAUGUAUGCCACACUCGCGCGCGACGCCGCCAUCGAGGCCGAGAGAGCAGCAGUUAUGUCGUCCGUACGGGAGAAACGGCGGCUGCUGGAACCGGGCAUGAUCAUCACCGUGGAGCCAGGCAUCUACUUCUGCCGUCCUUACAUCGAGGCCUUCUUCCUGGCCGAUCCAUCGCACGCUCGCUUCAUCGACAAGGAUGUCCUAGAGCGGUAUUACGCGGUAGGAGGCGUGCGCAUCGAGGACUGCCUACUAGUGACGGAGGAUGGCCACGAAGAUCUGACGACGGCACCUAAGGGUGAAGAAGCUCUGCGGAUCAUCAACAGCAACUGA